AGAAAAAUGAAGAAACAUCAAGUUUCCGGCUCCUGAAUGCUCCACGGGGACACAACAAUGAAAAUAUUAGUGGAUGAAUUAUGAUGCGUUCACGGACUUUGUUUUGGUAACGUCGGGGUUGCAUCAUCUCUGUUCGUACGGGACAAAGUUCCUGUGUGUCAUGUGUACCUGAGGGGUGAUGGGAGUCCUACUAUACUGGCCGAAUAUUGUUGGUUACAUCAGGAUUAGCCUUGUGUUCGCUUCAUGGCUUUUCUACGAGACACCGGCUUUAUUUGUUCCUCUUUACUCAGUCUUCACAUUCCUGGAUGGAGUGGACGGCUGGUUGGCCAGGAGGUUGGGCCAGACCUCCAGACUGGGGGCAUGGCUGGAUGUGGUGGUGGACAACCUGGGCAGAGGCAUGCUGUGGAGCCUGCUGUAUGAGUGGGGUUGGCUGGUGUCUGCUGUGGAGUGGUGUGUGUUUGUGUGUAACCACACCACCAGAGGUGACCAGUGGAAGAGCAGCUUCAGCAGCAGUCCUCGCCUCAUACGAGCCAUCAUGGCAAACGGGUUUCAGACUCCCCUGGGGGUGUGGGUGGUCAGCGGGCUGCACUGCCUCCCUUUGUGGCUGUAUAUGGAUCAGAGGGGUUUACUGUCCGGCUGGUUGGACCUGCCGCUUUGGAUCCAGGUUGUGGGGAUGUUGCUGCUGGCUGCAGGGCGUCUGUUGGCUCUGUCAGCAGAGGCGUGGUGCAUAUGGACACACAUGAAAUGCCUCAUCAGUGAUGAGCCAGAGGAGAAAAGCUGAAGACAACCUGAUUCCUGUUGAGUUUAUUGCUGCUGCAAUAUAAGACUUAAACUGUUAGAGGCUGGAUUGUUAAAAUAAACCACUUAUCAGGCCAUGAAGGUGCUUCCACUACCUACAGACUGACUGCAGACGGCCACUCGUCCAGCAGAGGGACUGCCUUUUCUUCACAUCCAGCAGAAUCAGCUGUCAUAAUGUGCAGAAAUCUGCUAACACAUGUCCAGUUACAUCUGGCAAAAUGGUAGAAACGUAGCUUUAUCAGAAAUGAGUGGUUAUAUCUAAUUCUACUGGACAGGAAAACUUGACUUUUUAAGAUAAGUUUAUAUUGUAUUUUAAUGUUAAGGAGGCAAAUGUGUUUUUAUUUUAAUGGGUUCUGUUUAAUAUUAUUUAAGUAAUUAAUUCAAACAUUUUUUAAUAAUAAAUGUCAUCAUGUUCCCUGCUUUGCAGUGUGUGGUGCUUUGGUGUGUUAAGAAGAUAACACACACAGACUGAUGAGUGGAAAUAUCUGUUCCACGUCACCAUACACAUGUUCUUUCAUCUGAAAAGAAAGAGUUCAUAAAUCAGUAAUUGAUAAACCAUGAAUGGAUCCAUGCUCUCCAUCAUCGUUGUUUCAUACCAACAACGGAGUCAUGAUGUUUAUUAUUUUUGUUUUUAAGCCUCUGUCAUCUGAAAACUAUUUACAAGAGAUUAUCUGUUAUUUCAGUUAGUUUAAUAAAUAAAAUGCCUGUAAAUUCACAUCAUAGUUUUAUAAACCAGCUGGUCCAACUUUUCAAAUAUUAUAAGUUUAG